AUAAGUAUUCAAAUAUUUGAUCAGUAAGUCACAGUUAUCUCCAGUACAUUAAAUAACUUUCAUCAAAAAACAUGUUAUAGGUAAAAAGCUCUGAAGGACCAGCUAUGUAUAUGAUAAUUAUGUUUCAGACCUUCUAGGGUAUUAUAUAUAAUAACUUGUCUUCUGGACGUGGUCUUGAAGUCUUUAUGGAUUCAGUCUCAGUAGUAGCGAACUGCACUGCUACUUGGUUUGGAGUACAAAUUAGACUUUAGCCCUCCUGGAGGUUGAGUUUUUGGUAUUGAAAACCAUAGGAAUGAAAUUAUUGUAUUUCAACAAAGGAUCGAGGGCUUGAGGCUUAAACAAGGCAACAUACGUGUGGGAAGCAGUCAGCCUUGAGGGCAGGUAAGGACAUGCCAGGCAUGCGGCCGCUGCUCGAAGGGACUGUCCCUACUUGUUCCCCUCCUUGUUCCAUUCCAUGGGAGAUAAAUCACCAGAGCCCAGAGAUCAGAAAGAAUGUAAAAUGAGACAAGCAAAGCUGUCUCCCCCCUGCACAUGCAGGUUAUUUUUGAUGCUUCUGGGUUUAUGGGUUUCCUCCCAGGGAAGUUAACCUUGAGCCGAGACAGUCUGUAGAUAAUGUAAACCACCAUCUGGCAACCUUCCGAUUUCUAGUCUAUAUAAUCUGCAACUGUAGCAUAAUAAAAUUUGCCUUGCAACCAUCAGUUGUCUUGGUCCUUCUGACCCCAUCCGUCGGUGCUACUUCAGUUCCUUACCCCUUCCCUUCUGACCCUGGGCGGUGAGAUCCUCUUUCUCCGGCUGGUCCGCGGCAAGUGGCACUCGAACAGGGACCUGAAGCGCGAAGGCAAUUAAAAGAAAAAGAAAGUGCAGGUAAGAGAACCCUUAUGCAAAAUAUGUGUGGCCACCAGUAAAAGUGAAACGAAUAGAGGCAUAAGGCAAUAGUCAGAAGUAAAAUAAGAUGGGGCAAAAGGGCUCAAAGAUGUAUGAAUUAUUUGCUCAGGUUUUACUUUUGAUGCUUAGAGCUCGGGGUAAUAAAGUUUCUGAACUUUAUUGUUGACUGAAUUUUUACAGCAUAUCCAUGGUGUAUCUCCCUGGUUUCCUGAUGGCGGCUCUGUUGACAUAGAAAUCUGGCAGAAAGUUGGAGAAGAUUUAAAAAAUUAUUACGAGUCUCGAGGGCCUACUCAUACUCCUGUUGUUACAUAUAGUUUGUGGACUCUGAUAAAAAUAUGUUUAGAUUCUUCUCAUGAUAGUGUUGAUUUGAAUGUAAAGUCAGAAAAACAUAAGCCUCUGACAGAAGGAGAGACUGUAUUAUCAGCUACUGUGUCGCCACUUCCUAAACCGAAAGAGCUAAUUAAUUUAAAUAUUUUAGAUGAAGAGGAACAUUUUGACUUAACAGAUGAGGCUUGUAAACAUAAAAGAGAGAAAUAUCCUGAGGAUGAUUUUCUAAUGGCUGUGAUAGAGAAGUCAGUGAAAAAGCUGCAGGUUAAUAAGGACUGUCUUCCUCAAAAAUCCACAUCUGUAAAAAUGCUGAGUCCCUUGCAGCGCGCUGUACAAGGAGCAAUAAAACGAGGAGAAGAUCCUAUUUUCUGUUGUCCCGUCAUAGAAAGACCUGAUCCUAAUAAUCCUCAACAAGCUACUAGGGAGCAUCAGGCUCUCCCUUUGAAAGUUUUGAAAGACUGAAAAUCUGCCUGUGCUCAAUAUGGGCCCACUGCUCCUUUUACUACUGCUAUGGUUGACAGGAGAAGCUCUUCCCCCCGCUGAUUGGAAGUCUAUUGCACCAGCUUGUUUAAAUGGUGGAGAUUAUUUAAUAUGGAAGUUUGAUUUUUAUGAACGGGCUGCUGAACAAGCAGAAAAGAAUGCUGCCCAUAAUAUUCCAGUUGAUUAUCAUAUGCUGAUUGGGGAAGGACAAUAUCUUUCUUUACAAGAUCAAUUAACUUAUCCCUUUGUUGCUUAUCCUCAAAUAAAUCAUUUGGCAUUACAAGCCUGGAGGAAAUGUCCUUCUACACACAAAACUGAAGAUCUUUCAAAACUUAGACAGGGACCUGAUGAACCAUAUGCUGAUUUUGUAGAUAGGUUGUCACAGGCGGUGGGGAGACUCAUUGUGGACGGACUCACUGGUACAAUUGUAGUUAAGCAACUUGCUUUUGAAAAUGCUAAUAAUGAGUGUCAGGCUGCGAUUCGACCUUGGAGAAAACGGGGAACAUUGGAGGAUUAUAUUCACCUUUGUGCAGACAUUGGGCCUACUUAUAUACAGGGUGCUGCUGUGGCUGCAGCAUUAACUAAAGUGGGGUUUAAAAACAAUCAAAAGAAAACAAAGACUUGUUUUAAAUGCGGAAAGGCAGGUCCUUUUGCUAGAGAAUGUAGGUCUUUUAAUUCUAACCCUAGUCCUUCCUUCCCUACUCAGAAACCUCCAGAUGGUCAGAAAAUCCCUGGUUUAUGCCCUAAAUGCAAUAGGGGAAAACAUUGGGCACAAGAUUGUUGCUCAGUGGCCCACAAGGAUGGGCCACCACUGUCGGGAAACUCUUCCCAGGGCCUUCCCCGGCCCCAACAAAUAAUAAGGGCAAUGUCUGUGUAUCCUCCUCAAAUUAUUAAUCAGACAUUAACCAAAAACAAAAACAUACAAUAUCCUCGCUCUCCAGAGCAACACCAGGAAGCGCAGGACUGGAGCUCAGUACCUCCGCCCGAUAUGUAUUAACUCCUGAAAUGGGUCCUCAGGCCCUCUCUACGGGCAUCUGUGGACCUUUACCCAAGGGUUUGAUGGGACUAUUAUUGGGAAGAAGUAGUGUCACCAUGAAAGGUUUAACUGUUAUGCCAGGAGUCAUAGAUUCUGACUACGAAGGAGAAAUAAAAGUCAUGGCACAAACUAUUAAAAAUAUAAUAACUAUUUCUCCUGGUGAUAAAAUUGUACAAUUGCUACUUUUGCCCUUUGUACCUCAUGGACAAAUUUUACAACAUCAAAAGAGAGAAACAAAGGCUUUUGGAUCGUCUAAUGCUGCCUACUGGAUUCAGAAGAUAGGGAAAGAACGUCCAGAAAUGAAAUGAACCAUUAAUGGAAAGGUUUUUUCAGGUUUGUUAGACACUGGAGCUGAUGUCUCUGUUAUGACGCAGAUACACUGGCCUAAACGUUGGCCCAUUAGUCCUACUAUUACAGAACUUCAUGGAAUAGGACAAAGUUCUUCUCCUAUGCAAAGUAGUCAGUUUUUUUUAUGGCAAGAUAGUGAGGGCCAUUCAGGAUAUUUCCAGCCUUAUGUUUUGCCUGGGCUGCCUUUAAACCUCUGGGGCCGAGAUAUAUUAAAAGAAAUGGGAGUAUUACUUUAUAGUCCAAACUCUCAAGUCUCUAAUAUGAUGUUGGAUCAAGGAUUUCUUCCCACAAAAGGGCUGGGAACAAAUCAACAAGGAACUGUCUAUCCUAUUGAUGUGAAAAUAAAAAAUGAUAGACAAGGUUUGGGUUUUUCUUAGGGGCCUUGGAUUCUCCACUCACUGCUGAUCCAAUUACUUGGCUGACUGAUGACCCUGUAUGGGUGGACCGAUGGCCCCUCACAAAGGAGAAAUGAGAAGCUGCAGAACAAUUAGUGCUGGAACAAUUAGGGCAUUUAGAAAUUUCCAGUAGUCCUUGGAAUACUCCUAUUUUUAUUAUCAAGAAAAAAUCUGGAAAAUAUAGGUUAUUACAGGAUCUAAGAGCUGUUAAUAAAACUAUGCUAAUAAUGGGAGCUCUUCAACCAGGCCUACCCUCUCCAACAGCCAUACCACACAAUUAUCAUCUUUUAGUUGUAGAUUUAAAAGAUUGUUUUUUCACUAUUCCUUUGUUUCCUGAAGAUAGAAAACAUUUUGCUUUUAGCUUGCCUGCCUUAAUUUUUAAGGAACCCAUGAGGAGAUUUCAAUGGAAAGUAUUGCCUCAGGGCAUGGCAAAUAGUCCUACAUUAUGCCAAAAAUAUGUGGCUCAGGCCUUGACUCCUGUGAGAAAAAGGUUUCCAUCGUUAUAUCGCAUACAUUAUAUGGAUGAUAUACUUUUAGCCACUGAUAAUAUUUCUUUAUUAGAGACUGCUUUUCAAUUUUUACAACACUCCUUACAAUCAUUUGGCUUGGUCAUUGCCUCAAAAAAAAUUCAAAGACAAUCUCCAUUUUUAUAUUUGGGAAAAUAUAUUGAUAACACUACUAUUAGGCCUCAAAAACUGCAAAUUCGAGUUGAUAAUUUAAAAACAUUAAAUGCUUUUCAAAAAUUACUUGGAGAUAUUAAUUGGCUAAGGCCUUCCUUAAAACUUACUACUGCUCAAUUACAGCCUUUGUUUGAUAUUCUUAAAGGUGACUCAGAUCCUUCUUCUUCACGCUCUAUGACUCCAGAAGGAUUUCAAGCUUUACAAAUAGUCAAUAGAUCUAUCAGUUCUACACAAUUAACUAGAAUUCAUACUCACCUUCCAAUUUUCUUAAUAAUUUGUCCAACUCCUCAUGUGCCUACUGCCGUCUUAUGGCAAACUGUUGGAAUUAUUGAAUAGAUUCAUAUGAAAUCUACACCCUCUAAAGUUAUUAACCCUUAUUAUGAACUCAUUAGUAAUUUAAUAAUGCAAGGUAGAACUAGAUGCUUACAACCUAUAAGUAUAGAACCUUCUCAAAUUAUUAUCCCUUAUUCAGUUAGUCAACAAAAUUGGCUUUUUCAACAUAGUAAUGAAUGGGGUCUUGCUCUUGCAGGAUUUUCAGGUACCUUGGAAUGCCAUUACCCUGCUGAUAAAUUGAUCCAAUUCAGCAAACUUAACUCAUAUCUUUCCUUCUAUAAUUAGGCAACAGCCUGUUCCUCAUGUACCUUUGGUUUUUACGGACGGUUCUUCUUCAGGAGUGGCUACUGUAAUCAUUGACGACGGAACAAACCUCGUUAAAGAAACUUCCUUGACUUCAGCUCAACGUGUUGAACUCUUAUUCGUUCCCAUGAUGGUCCUGUUGCAGGUCUGUAUAUCCGUGCUCAUUCUAACUUGCCUGGUCCAUUGACUAAACUUAAUGCGACUGCAGAUGUUUUAACUCGAUCUAAACGUGAUCUUUAUCCUGUACAUUUUCCUCCCAAGAAUAGAGUUGAAGUUACUCCUCCUCCUCAAUCUCUUUUCCCUAAAGCAGGACAUGUCCCAAUUUACCGUACUCCUCCUUUCCGUUCGUCAUGCUGUCAAGAAUGGCUAAUAUACUGCAUUCAUUAUCUCCAUACUCUUGAUACUCAUGGUCCAUGUCCUAGGCACCCUCAUAUUAUGGUAAGUUAUGAUCAAACUGCUUCACAAGCAGCACAGCAGUUGCACGCUUUACACCGUCAGUCAGCGGCUACAUUACACACACAAUUUUCCCUUACUGGUGAAGCCGCCCCACAAAUUGUUAAGCAGUGCCCACAAUGCUUACCUCACCUUCCUGUUCCACAUUAUGUUGUUAAUCCUCGUGGAUUAUUACCUAGACAUUUAUGGCAAAUGGAUGUUACUCAUAUCCCGUCUUUUGGGAAAUUACAGUUUGUUCAUGUCACUAUCGAUACUUAUUCUGGUUUCCUCUGUGCUACAGCACAGACCGGAGAAGCUACUAAACAUGUUAUCACUCAUUUAUUACACUGUUUUGCUUUCAUGAACCUUCCCAAAAUUAUUAAAACAGAUAAUGGGCCCACUGCUUUUGCAACAUUUUGUAAUUCAUUACAAAAUUACCCAUAUUACAGGCAUUCCAUAUAACCCUCAAGGACAAGGUAUUAUAGAACGUGCAAAUAGAUCUUUAAAGCUAACUAUUGAAAAAAUAAAAAGGGGGGAAUUGUAUAGAACAACGCCACAUAACCUUAUAAAUGAUGCUCUGUUUAUUUUAAAUGUUCUCACUGUUGACAAAUUUGGCUGCUCUGCAGGGGGAAGGUUGGUGGCUGAGCCAAGACUGGCCUCUCAAUCUCCGGAGGUCCUCUGGAAAGAUCCGUUAACCAGCACUUGGCGUGGUCCUGAUCCUGUGUUGAUUUGGGGACGUGGUCACGUGUGUAUCUUUCCCAGAUCAGCGCUUGGACCUUGCUGGCUUCCUGAGCGCUUAGUCAAGCAAAUAGAUGGCUCGCCACAGCUCACCUAGUUCAGAAGAUGAAGAAGCUCUGCACCUCUCUGGAAAAUUUGACAGUGUUGAUUCAGAAAAAGAAGAAGAAGAGGAGACCACUUGCCAGGAUGACUCAAAGGAGUGAUGUUCCAACUUGGGGACAAAUUAAACAACUGGUUUCAUGAGCUCAAGAGUCAGUGAAACAACAGAAUAAUCCUGUUACACCUGUAACUUUAUUUUUGGCUAUGUUGGCAACCAUUUCAUGUGUUCCCUCUGUUAAUGCAGCAACUUACUGGGCCUAUGUACCUGAUCCUCCACUAUUACAACCCAUAUCUUGGUCUGAAGCAGAGUUUCCUGUAUUUUACAAUGAUAAGUGUUUAUGGGCCUCUUAUUGGGAAUAUAAAACAAAUCAAUAUGUCUGUAAAUUAUACUAACUGGUUUAGUACCCAUCCUGUCUGUCUUAGCCCACUGAAUCUGGAAACUGGAUGUGUAAAGGCUAUUAGUUAUGAGCAUACAGAUGUUUAUGAGGGAACGGAUCAAUCAGUUUGUCAGGCUCUCCAGGCAUCCUUCGUUUUACAGGAACCAACAUUACUCUUACAUGCCCGGCUACCAGCCGACGAGAGGAUCUUAAGGAUACCAUCAUUUGGUAUAAAAUGGGCAAGCUAUUAAUAUUAGAGGUCAAAUCUCAUACGCCUCACCACUUAGGGAUUCCGCUAUUACUAUAGCCAAGGUUACAGGUGAAGAUUCAGGAAAUUAUUUCUGUAUGAAGCGUUUACUUGGAGGACAAGGGAUACUUAUAGCUGGACAUAAGGUUACUAUGCUUAACAGAAAAUCAAAAAAUCAAUUGCCUCUCCUUAUGACCGUUAACUUUCCUGCAUCCACUUUUGAACGUUGCAAUGCAUCUUGGAAUAAUAACCAAAUAUGGUGUACUAUAGAUUAUACCAAGGUGUCAAUUCUUAUCUCUUCUUUUCCCAUCAUAGAUAGGUUUAUCACAUUUCAAAAGAACUGGGAUAUAUGGAAACUAGCUCUAACUUAUUCCAAUACACCUGUUAUAACUUGUGUUGCUCCUCCAUAUACACGUUUGUGUGGCUCUAUUAACAUUGGUAAUUCUUCCAAAGGAGGAUAUAAUAUUAGCUGUGUUAAUUGUAUUUUUAGCAGUUGUAUGUUCCCUUCUGCAGGAACACAAUCUGUGCUUAUACUAAAGCAACCCAUGUAUGUUAUGGUGCCUGUACAUCUGAGAGAACCUUGGUAUGAAGAUACUGGAGUACAGGCAUGGGUGGAACUCUCUAAAGCCUUGCAGAGAAGGAGACAAUUUCUUGGGUGGCUAAUAGUAAGUUUACUUGCGUCGGCUGCUCUGUCUGCUACCGUGGCUACUGCCGGUCUUGCUCUUUCACAGAGUAUUCAUCAUGCUCACUUUGCUAAUCAGUUAUCUCAACAUACCAGUCUUGCUUUAUCUUUACAAAGUCACAUAUAUUUACAGAUUAGUAACAAGUUAGAUGAAUUUAAAAACGCAAUUUUGGGGAUUGGAGAUCAGAUGGCAGCAUUAAAAUUGAGGAUGUGUUUAGCUUGUCAUGCAACGUAUACAUGGAUGUGUGUUACUCCUUAAAAGUACAGUGACUGUAUUUGGGAAUGGGAAAAAGUAAAAAUGCAUCUGCUGAGUGUUUGGUCAGAUAAUAAUAUUAGUCUUGAUCUUAAGAAAUUAAAUGCUGAAAUUCAGGAUAUACAAAAUACACAUCUUGAUGAUGUUUCGCCAGAAGAUGUAAUUCAAACUUUACUGGAUCAUUUAAAGUGGUUAAACCCUCAGUCUUGGAUUACUGGAAGGUUGUCAGGAUUUAUUACCCUGGCCAUAAUUUGCCUAUUAUUGAUAAUAAUCUUCUCAUGUCUGUUUCGUAUCCUCAUGCAACAGUACACUACUCUCGGCACUAAACUUCAUGGAAUUAUUUUGCAGCAAAAGUUAAAAAAUAAAAAUGGGGGACCUGUGGGAAGCAGUCAGCCUUGAGAGCAGGUAAGGACAUGCUAGGCAUGCCGCCGCUGCUCGAAGGGACUGUCCCUACUUGUUCCCUUCCUUGUUCCAUUCCAUGGGAGAUAAAUCACCAGGGCCCAGAGAUCAGAAAGAAUGUAAAAUGAGACAAGCAAAGCUGUCUCCCCCCUGCACAUGCAGGUUAUUUUUUUUAUUUUUUGCGGUACGCGGGCCUCUCACUGUUGUGGCCUCUCCCGUUGCGGAGCACAGGCUCCGGACACGCAGGCUCAGCGGCCAUGGCUCACGGGCCCAGCCGCUCUGCCGCAUGUGGGAUCUUCCCGGACCGGGGCACGAACCCGUGUCCCCUGCAUCGGCAGGCGGACUCUCAACCACUGCACCACCAGGGAAGCCCAGCAGGUUAUUUUUGAUGCUUAUGGGUUUAUGGGUUUCCUCCCAGGGAAGUUAACCUUGAGCCGAGACAGUCUGUAGAUAAUGUAAACCACCAUCUGGCAACCUUCCUUUUUCUAGUCUAGAUAAUCUGCAACUGUAGCGCAAUAAAAUUUGCCUUGCAACCAUCAGUUGUCUUGGUCCUUCUGACCCCAUUCGUCGGUGCCACUUCAGUUCCUUACCCCUUCCCUUCUGACCCUGGGCGGUGAGAUCCUCUUUCUCCGGCUGGUCCGCGGCACACAUGAAUAUAUGUUUUUGUCUUGCUGUACUGCACCUGUGCUGUCUAGUAACAGAUAUUUUGUCUGCUAGUAGUGUUCUAGAUUAUGUCUUUCCAAAGCGCUGAGGCAGUGCACCUAUUCUGUAGUUGCAGCUGAUGCCUGAAUGUAGCCUAGCUGACAAAUUAUUGAUUAAUAAGAACUUGAAUUUCUCAAAGAUUUGUACUGUUAACCAAAAUCUGAGCAAGGAGUCUCAAAAGUAAUUCUUAGCCAGAAUUACAUGUUAAUGAACCAUUUAACAGUGUGAAUCAAGAAACAUCAGUGUAAGGAUUUCUUUUAAUUUAUUUUUUACCUGCUUGAAAUAUCAGUUAAAGUUUGCCAGCUUGGUUGCAGAUGAACGGACGUUUGAAGUUCACCAAACUACUUAAUGUGGGAUAGGAUAAUAGACUUCCAGCGCCCUCAAGACUGCGACCUUGCAGCCAUUUUACAUAGCACAUCCUCCUCCUAUAGGGAUGAACCUUUCCCUGGCCCGAAAAGUAGCAGCUCUGUUGAAGCUUUGCUUAUUGUAACAGGCUUUUGUUUCCAGGUUACAUGUCUGUGGAAGACUUAAUUCUGAAUAGAGAUAUAGAUAUUACUGGAAACUAAUUGUUUUUUCUAUUAUACUCUGAUUUAUCAAAAAAGUAAAACAUUUAAAUUGUGCUACAGAAAUUCAGAAGUUGUCUUGCAAUCUUUAAACAAUAAAUGAAUGAGUUGCCCUUAAAAAAAAAAAAAGGAUUAAGCAGUUAAGCUGUUGGUCCCACAUCAGACAAAUUUUCCUAUACCUUCUGUCAAUAUUGUUAACAGAGACUGUUAUUUUAUUAAUC